GCCCACACGGAGCCCGAGUUUAGUAGUAAUGCCUGUUUAGCUUCCUCUUAACUGUGAGAGAAUCGGAAGUUUGGAGAAGUUUACUAACAUAUACUUUUGCUUUUAUAAGAGUUCUGUAUAGUUUCAGGUUUAGUUGCAGUGUGAACCGUCGCUCUCGGGUUUGAACAAGCUGAGCUGCUUCGUUAAAUUCCUCAUCUUUCCUUUUUAAAGCAGCUGACCCAGACCAGGUAGACAUUACAUUGAGACGAGAUGAACCCGGACUCUGCUGACCCUUAUAUAUUUUCAACCCACUCGCUACCCUCUGACCACCGUUUCCUGCCACCUCUGACCAACGGGACGCUGGGAUGGAGAGUGUUUGGCAAAAUUCUGCAUAAGGGUGGAGUCUAUAAUGGAGAGGUUGGAGCCUGUCACCGAGCUGAUAUACCAUGUCCACUUGCGGUCCGGAUGAAGCUCGAGGAGGGGAAGCAUACGUACAGUUUGGACGCCCACACUGGUAUAUUCACCCAUUCAAUACUUACCUCUUAUGUGGAAGCGACUCAGGUGUUCUAUGCUCAUCGACAGUAUCCCAACAUGCUGGUCAUGGAAGUGAUGCUAAAGCGCCAGAGGAGCUCAGAGGAAGCAAUCACAGUCAAGCUUGAUAGUUCUUUCACUCCUCACAGUCAUGACAUUGCCUUUGAGAAGGCUCCGGACUAUAGAGGAGGGAGGCACAUGUUUGGGCACACUAUGUCAGCAGAAGCCCCUGGAGUACUUCGUCCUUCUGUGCACCUUAUCUGGACCCCACUGAUCUCCUCUGUAACGUUACUGCCUGACCAGCGCCAGUCUAGCUGGAGCUUCCUGGUUGCAGUUGCAGAGAGCAGUGAGAUCGCCCAGCUUUGCUUCAACACCGGUUUGGAGCUCAUUGAACAUGGCGACCUGCAGACUUCCCAUGUAAGGGCGUGGGCGGAGAUAUGGCACGGCAGCAGUGUGGAGCUGGCCGGACCACAGCCUUUGAGCCAAGCCGUGAUUGGCUGCAUGUUCUACCUUCUGAGCGCGCUCCCUUCUCUGACGGAAACACCCACACCGUUUGGGGGCAUCAGUCCUGGAGGUUUGUCUAACGGGGGACACGGACAAGGACAGGACUACUGGGGACAUGUUUUCUGGGAUCAGGACACAUGGAUGUAUCCUAACUUUGCACUCUUUCACCCUAACCUGGCCAGAGCUGUCUUGGAGUACAGAGUGCGAACACUAGAAGGUGCCCGGAUCAAUGCCCGGGAGCAGGGCUAUAAGGGCUUGAAGUUCCCAUGGGAGAGUGCUGUAUCCGGUCAAGAGGUGUGUCCGAUGGACAGUUUUGGAAAACAGGAGAUCCAUAUUAACGGAGACGUAGCUCUCGCCUUCCGUCAGUACUUCUACCUAACGCAGGACAUUGGAUUAUUUAAAGAGGGCGGUGCCUGUGAAGUGGUGUGGGGUAUAGCUGAUUACUGGGGGUCCCGAGUGAUCUGGGACCCCGAUGACCAGCACUACCACCUCAAAGGAGUGAUGCCUCCUGAUGAGUACAACAAACAUGUUGACAACUCGGUGUACACUAACACUGUGGCCAAGUACAGUCUGCAGUUUGCUGUGGACUUGGCUAGAUUGCUCCAGCAUCCCGCACCCUCGGAGUGGCAGGAAAUAGCUGAUAAGCUAAAAAUUCCCUACGACCCUGGACUGAUGUACCACCCAGAGUUUGAUGGUUACAAAAAGGGAAGUGAAGUGAAGCAGGCAGAUGCCAUCCUGGUAGGAUUCCCGCUGGGAUUGCCCAUGAGCCCAGAGGUCAGACGGAAUGAUCUGGAAUGUUACGAGGCCGUCACUGACCCGCUCGGUCCUGCUAUGACUUGGAGUAUGUUUGCAGUCGGUUGGUUGGAGCUUGGUGAAGCUGAAAAAGCACAACAGCUUCUGCAAAAGUGCUUCAAAAAUAUACAAGGGCCCUUCCAGGUGUGGAGUGAGUCAUGUGAUGGUUCUGGAGCGGUCAACUUCCUCACAGGCAUGGGGGGGUUUCUGCAGGCUGUGUUGUUCGGGUACACCGGUUUCAGGGUCCAAAAGGACUGUCUGGCUUUUUCGCCACUGAUACCAAACGAAGUGUCUAUGCUCAGUCUGAAAGGCAUCGGUUACCUUGGUAAUAAGCUGGACUGGGUGGUGGAUAGACAGGAAGUCAGCGUCGUGUUGCGGAAGCAGGCGAAGGAUUCUGGCCAUGAGCAGCCUUGUCCUCUUGAGAUCGUGCUACAGAGCUCUGGAGACAGAAUCCCUCUUAAUCCAGGGCAAUUGGUGACAUUUCCAUGGCAACCUGGCAAGAUCCAAAAACAAAGCACUACCUCAUACUGCUGGCCUCUUUGAUCCAGAAAUCAUGAGCCAAUAUGAUGAGUCGUACAUCAGUGCCAUGAAAAACUGUUUUGAUAAGAGAUAUUAUUUUUAUGAUUAUAAUUGAGCUGCUAGACAUUCAGUUAUGGUUUUUGCAAUUGUUUGAAAUCGUCGGAUAUUCCUGUAUGUUUUUUUUUUUUUUGAUUGUGUACAAUUUUGUACCUUUUUAAGGCCAAGUAAAUAAAAUGAAAUUAUGGCAUUUUCCUUAUA